AGCACGCCAAGUUAGCUUUAACAAAACAGUCGCUCAGAGCACGUCGCAGAAAUUGAAAUGCUCCGCUUUAUAUUGUUCCUGUUACUACAUUAUUCAUUGUGGUUUCCCAUUAAGAACGUUUGCGGUGAAGAUCUAGAUUCAAGCACGAGUUAUGACUGCACUUUUGAUGUGCAAAUAGAUGUCUUUAAAAAGUUCCUUGAAGAAUUGCAAGCUGCGCGUGAGCGAGAAGAUGAUAUUUGGACACAAAUAUCUCUCAUUGAAACCAAACUGCAAUCGGUAGAGGAACAGCUGAGUGUUCGAAAGUCGGUGCCUUCAAGUUGCUUGGAAGCAGCAGCUGAGAGCUUCAAAAGUGGUGUUUACAAUAUAACAUUGGAAAAGUUUAGUGACACACCCUUUGCCGUAUACUGUAACGAAGAUGUUGACAAAGGUGGUUGGUUAGUUAUACAACGACGUGUCAGUGAUGCCGUGGACUUUAAUAGAGGUUGGCUGGAGUAUAAGAACGGUUUCGGGGUGCUGGAUGAAAAUUAUUGGAUUGGUUUGGAAAAACUACAUGCGUUCACCAGUAGUUGUCAGCAUGAGCUUUAUAUAGAAAUGCAGAGAUAUAGUGGUAAAAGUAAUUAUGCGCGCUACUCGGAAUUUGUAGUCGGAGGUGAAUCGGAGGGCUAUCCUCUUAAAAUAUUGGGUACUUAUGAAGGCACUGCUGGCGAUAGCUUGACAUAUCACGAGGGUGCGAAGUUCACCACUCGUGAUCAGGAUAAUGACAACUAUUCCCUUAAUAAUUGUGCUGUUCUUUACAAAGGCGGCUGGUGGUUUACAAAAUGUGCCUAUAGUCAUCUUAAUACAGCAUACGGCGGCAAUUGGGGCGGCAUAUCUGUGAAUGAAACUUUGAAAUCAACGCAAAUGAUGAUACGCCCCACAGUGGAAUGCCUAAGGCGCAUGUCUCUGAAGACCAAAUGAUUUUAUAUAUUUUAUGAAAAGGAUUUAUUUUUUAAUAAUUAAAUGUAUUAUUAAUGUCUUACUUAAUAAACUUUGCGAUUUGAUUCGGAGAUAAUGUAAUGUUUGAUUAACACUCUAAUAAAGACAUAAUAAUAUAUUUUCAAUUUUGUAA